AUGGAAUUGGGACUUGAUGUGCACAGGUACAUUCAAAACUUGGGAUGGGAGUACCUUCUUCACCAUCCUUUUUCAUCCUUGGUCUGUCCAGACUUAGUUCGUUACUUCUUUUCGAACUUUCGCUCCCCCGGGCUUGCUUCUCGCACCUUCUCUACUAUAGUCUUUGGACAUCUGUUCACGCUCCAUCUCGAUGACCUAUCAGAAACUCUUCAUAUUCCUCGAGUUGGAGAGGCUCUCGCUGAUGCCUCUGAGCUUGAACUGUUUGCAUUCCAAUAUGCUGAGGAGUUUCAUCAACUCACUGGAGUUCUGCCAGCUCCUGAUAAUCUUAUGCAUGUCUUCUCUCUGCUGCCCUCUCUUCAGUUGCUUCACUAUUGCAUCACCCGAGUCUUUGUUCCUCGUGGUGAAUCUCUGGACCUUGUUCUUGCGUUGGAUCUUUGGAUCAUCUCUCAUGUUGUUCAUGGGAUUCCCCUUGACUAUGUGCAUCUUGUGUUUGGAGGUCUUCUACGGUUUAGUGAUGCGUCCCUCGGUGGCCCUCUUGCUUUUGGCCCCCUAGUCACCUCCCUUCUUCUCGAGCUUUGCAUCCAUCUCUCUCCGUUUCACACUAUCACGCCCUCCCUGUACCCUCCAGCUGACGAUGUUCUGGAUGCUGUGGAGAUUGCCAUUGAAGGGGAGGAUGCUGUUGAAGGGGAGGAUGCAGUUGUCUGGGUGAGUAGCGGGGAUGAAGACAGCAGCAGUAGCAGCAGUGAUGAUGCAGAACUGGAACCUUUUGCUGAAGCUCUCCAGGCCCUGCUGGAAUAUGGCACAGAUGGAUCAGAUGAUGACUAA